AUGAAUGGGCUCACCUUCGGUGGGGCGUUUUUGACGAAUACAACUUCGAACAUCCUUACUACCUUUCUACAGAAGGUAAAGUGGAGGCUACAAGGUAGGUUUCUUGUAAAUAGGGUUUUAUCUGCACUGUAUUGCAGCUUUGUUCAUUAUGUUUUUUUAUCAUAUGAAAAAAAAAGCAAUCUUGAAAAUUAAAAUAUAUAAAAGGAAAACAAAAAAUCCCACAUAAGAAAAUGAUAUGCAGAUCUAUAUUUACUGCCAUUAUAAACUUAUUUUAAUUGUCUUAUCAGUAUUUGUACAAGAGUAGGUCAUCAGGUUAACAAAACCUGUUACAAAAUGGAGCGUUUCUGUGAAUAAAAUCGUGUACAGUUACAUUUGCCCUCUGUUCACAAACGUCAUGGUAAUACUGUUGCAAAUGUACUUUUCAAACUCUUGAGAAACCAGCAAAUAUUCAUACAUGAUUAGAAGGUGGGAGAUGUAACAUGAGUUUCUCAGAUGAUGCAUAUACGUAAAAUACAAACAGAACCAACAAAAAAAGACAAUUAUUGCACUUACACUUUCAAGAGCUAUGACAAUCUCUGAUACAUGCACUUCAGACAGUACAAUCCCUGCUCUGGAUUUCGACAUACUCUUCCUUUCAGUCUUUGAUAAAUAAGUGAAAUUGAAUCAAAUAGAAAUACAUUCACAUGUAUUUGAGCCCACCUUUGGCUCCACUUUGAUACCACUUUGGAAAAAAUCCUUCAAAUGUCUUUGGUGUAUAUAUUGAAAUUAAAUAAACCAUACAUAGUGCACAAUAAUCACUUACUCCUCCUACAACAUGGAAUCCUCAAAUGGACGGACAACCUCAGCAUGUGGUUACACUGCUCCUAAAGGGUGCAAGCCGUUGGAUUGCCGAGUGCAAUUUGAGUUUGUAAGUGUAACUGUACUAAACUAUUAAGAAUUUGCUAGAAGGUGUUAAGGUACAUGGAAACAAUAUGGUUUGCAAUGAGAUUUGUAGUACUGGAUAAAUCUUUGUUGCCAUCAAGUGCCAUCUCUAGUAUACACUUGCAUCUGGUUAUGGUUGUAGGAACCUUUAUUAGGGUAAUCAAGAAUGUAAUUUGUUUCAGAUGUCAACAUGAUCUAGCAUUUCACCCUUACUUGCGCAAUUGAUCUCCGUGUUUAAUUAUACAAUGUAUUACUUUAUGUUUUGCAUCAUUAACUAUCUAAACUGGAAACUGAUCAUCUAGAAUUAAUUGUACAGCCUUUGCUGUAUUUCACUUCUGCCAAGUCUGCGAUGAUAUAAAAUGAUUAUGUUUGUCUGCUUCACAUAAAGGUUUUAACUGAAGCUAGUGUGUUUUAAAAUUACACUAAUUCUAAUGUAUGUUUGGUAUCCAGGUGUUCUCUAGGUAUCAAUGGCAUGAAUAAAAUGUUGGUGCCGGGAACAAAUGACCAAGUGGUUGACUGUCGAUAUAGCCCGGAAACUGGUCUUUAUGACCAUAACUGCAUGUUUAUCCCAUAUCUAAACUCUCCUGCCAAAGAAUCAAUUAUGUAUGCUCAAGGACUUAGUCAUGUGAGUAUUAUUCCUCAAAAGACACAUUGAGAUUUUGAGAAGUCUUUUUAAAUUAAUAUAUAAUUAUGUAGUCAAGCAUAUUUAUGGCAGUCUCAGUUGGAAAGUGGAUACCUGAAGUGUCAACUGGUUAAGCUGGUAGACAUUGCAUUUUUGAGUAGAAUCUAGGCGGUGAAUGAGCUCAGUCAAAUUUCUGUCUUUCUAGAGAGUAAAGUUAACCCUAAGAUUUUGCAAUGAGCUGUCAAACCAUGAGCAUCCCAGCCAUUACUGAUAUCAUGCUGGGUGCCAGAGCGAUUCACACUGCAAUGUGUUAUUCUACACAAGGCAUAUUACUUAACAUUUUUUUGGUUGAUUAACUUUUUAUUGUUAACUUUACUUUUAAGGUCAAAGAAUUCUGUGAUAAAGACAGCCAUAACUCAGAAGCUCCCAACCAACAAAAUAAACACUGUAACCAACAAAGUACAUGGGAAGUGAUCAUGAAAUCUCCUGACAUGAUGUCCACUACUCCGUUAACUAGCACCAACAUACCACCUCCUGUUAUCUCACUUCUGCAGUUCAAGGACAGAGUAGUUACUUUGGUGCUUGAUAUAUCAGGAAGUAUGUAUGGAGUAAGUACAUUCACUUUUCUUAAUAACAACAUUUUUAAUUAUUGAUAUUAUAUUUAAUUGACAAAAUGUAAAGGUUAUCUAUUAACAUGGUAAUCUAGAUUAAAAAUACACUCAAGUCUCUCAAAUUCAACUUUACGCACACAUCUGUUUUUUAAGUUGAUUUAUAAGAAAGCCCAAAAAACUGGGUUAGUCCAUUUCCUAUUCUUCCACAAAAAAGUAAUUCUCCAAGAUAAUCCACUAAAGAGAAAAUUAAAAGUGAGUUCAAAAUAUAUUUAAAAUCUUAGGUCAGAAUAGCCAAACUGGAAACAAUAUCUAAUAUUCCAGUUCAUCUGCCUUGGAUUAAAAUUUGAAAUUCACUUUUAAUUCACUUUGAUUCCAAAAUUACAGACAUCUCAUUUGAUUAACUAAGUUUAUUAACAUAAACAUGUUGACAGGUUGGUCACCCUAGGAUUUAGGAACAUAUGGGAUUACCAGUUUAGUAACUUACCUUGUCAAUAGAAGUAUCAUUAUUUUGUCAGAGUGAAAUUUGCAUAAUCAAAAAAAUAAAUUCAAACAGAUUAUUUACUAAAGUGAGAAUUCAAAGUGAAUUUCAUCUUUAAGUCCAGAAUAGUUUAACAGAAACGUUAUCUGAUAUGGAGAUAAUUUCAGUUUUUUACUUAAAAUUUGAAAUUCACUUUGAAUUCACUUUAAAUUAUCACUUUAAUGAAUAUCUCUGAAAGUGAAUUUCAAAUUAAAUGCCAAAUUCAGCAAACUACAGUCAAAGCUGACUCAGAAAAAAUUUAAAAUUUGGCAAUGUUAAAAUUCUUACUUUAGUGCAUAUCACUGUUUGCAUGUUCAAUAUAUGUUUUGGCCCUCUCCGAUCCCAGUUAGCUGUCUGCAGUAUUUGGUUUUAGUCUUUGAAAUCUUUUUUUUUUUUUUGUUGCAUUUGUCCUUAAAGUUUCCUUUGUUGCACCAGUGAUUAAAGGUGUGUAAGAUAUGUGUCUUACUUUAUUACCAUUUUCAUAUCGAAUUAAUGUGUUAAUUUUUCAACAGUUCAGAUAAAAUUACAAAUUAUUUUUUUUCCCAUUUAUUAUGAAUUAUUCUGCUAAUAUCAGAAUGGAUUUGCAUUUUGUUCUGGAGCCUUCUAAUAUAAAAUUUUCAUUGUUACAUCUUUUUAUCACUACAGUACAAUCGCAUGGAUCGAAUGUAUCAAGCUUCCGAAAUGUACAUCAUGCAAAUUAUAGAAACGGACUCCCAUCUUGGAAUUGUUGUGUUUUCAAGUGCUGCAAAUAUAAAGUCAGAGCUAGUAAAAAUAACCGAUAAGAGACAGCGUGAACAUCUAAAGUCACUUCUUCCAACUGCUUCUUUAGGGGGAACAAACAUUUGUUCAGGAAUACAAGCAGGUCUCCAGGUAUAAUAUAAAUCAUACAACAAGCUUACAUCUUGAACUAAAUUUCUUGGCAAAUAGGUUUGUUUUUUUUUAGUUUUAAAAAAAGCUUGCUGGCAUGAUGGUUAUACAUAAAAUGACAGGUAAGAACUUGCUAGUCAGUCAUCACAUUAAAAUAUAUAAAUAUAUAUAUAUAUAUAUAUAUAUAUAUAUAUAAAUAAAAAAAACCUUUGGAAGUCAAUACCACACCCACAUUAGUAUAAUGGAGGUUUACCACCCCACCUAUGCUCCAAAAAGGCACAUUAUACGUUUUGUAACCCGGCAUUCCCACACAAGACAGACACCUGUAACCAGAUACCUACUCUGCCUUAAGGCAUAUCUGGUUCUGUCCCCAAUUAAUAUGUUAGGGGACUAAAUGGAGGCACCCAGUUUCAGGAUAAUGAGGUCAGAAUGUCUAAAUAUAUUUUUAGAUAUCAUACAUCACAAACACAUAUGUGUUAAUUAUAGGUAAAGGUAUAGGUUAAUCGGUAAACAAUAUGAAAAAACUGAGAAGUGGCAGUUACCCUGUAAGUAUUUCUUAUGAAGACUUAUAUACUAUUCUAACAUUUAAAUAGUAAUAUAUAUUUGAUUUGUAGUAUUUUAAUACAUGUUGGAUUUAUAUACUACACAUUUCUUUUUCUUAUUUAAAAUGUCUGUGUUAAAUAUUCAGGUAAACGGAAGGCUUGACGGAUCCACACAUGGUACAGAAAUUAUACUAUUAACAGAUGGUGAAGAUAGUAGAAUUAGUUCUUGUUUCCCAGAGGUAGAGGCCAGUGGGGUAAUUAUUCACACAAUUGCACUAGGUACCAAAGCAGACAAAGCAUUGGAGCAGCUAGCAACAAUGACAGGUGAGUGUAAUGCAUCUUUUUUACACAAUAUAUCUAUCUAUAUGUAAAAGAACCACUGGGGUACAUAAAUGGACGUAUUCAUUUUUAUCAGUUUUAGAAUGUCAUACAAGCUGUUUUGUGCACAUAAAAAUUUGCUUUUCAAACAGAUUGUUAGUUACAUAAUGUAUUUAUAUUUUCAGAAUAUUAGAACAAUAGGUAAUGUGGCCUACACUUCCCUGUACUGUGUUCUGAAAAAAAAAAUGAUGAUUUAUUUAAUUUCAAUUUCUUUCAUAAAAAUAUGCGGUUUACAGAAACACUCCAAAAUUGCAGCCCAGCAAAGACCUUGCAAAAGCGUUGGAUGGGAUUUGCAGUUGGCCAGAAUCCCAGUCCCACAACAACACUUUUACAAGGUCUCUGCUCGGCUGCACUGAUAAGAAGGUUUGGUGGAAAAGUACAGACUAUUCACCCCUUUUGAUUAUUAAGUUUCUUAUAAAAGACUAGAAAUUGUGGCAAUCAUUGGAGUACUACCCACCUUUAAAACGGAUGCUUAUUGCUGGUUCUGCUGAUUACCCAGUAAGAGAGGGUCCUCUUCGAGCCUGACUGCAAGUUCUCUCAGUCGAGUGCAGCAAGCCUCUCUUAUUGUGAUGUAUUAUGCUGUUUUUAUUAAGCUGUUUUUUAGUAAGCUGUUUCUUUGAGCUGUUCCUUUAAGCUGAAUUUUAAGCUGAAUGAUUAUUAAUUAAUUCUUUGUUAGUCAAUGAAGUUUGUAUUGAUUAUUUACAAGUACUUGGUGUCAGUGUUUUUCCCUUUCUCAAAUACUCAAUUCACUCAUCCCAAAUAGGGCUUUGGUGCCCACCAAUAUCUUUAAAAACCUUAGGGUAAUUGAUUAUUUCUUUUUGAUAUUGGCGCUUCGUGAAUUUAAUGAUUAGGCACAACAUUUUGGCGUCACGGACAGAUGAGAGGAAAUUGAGUUGAGUAUUGUGAAAUAUAGUUGCUAGGGAGGUGCUAGCAUUUUAAAGAUAAGACAAUUAUAUUUUGAAAUUGUUAAGAACUGUUUAUGUAGAUUUUCAGUGAAGGUGAAAGUGAAACUAACAUUGUACGAGGUCUAGUUUCUACUGCAUCACGAAGAAAAAAAAAAUAUUGAGGAGUGUUUCUGAAGAUUGAUUCAAAGGAUACAAGUUGUGCUCAGUCAGUAGACGCACCUAUACACCCUAACAGUGUGUAGAAUAACAGUGCUGAUUGGGGAGUGUAUACUUAAACAGGCUAGCGUCCUGAAUAAGGCUGCACUGCUGUUAAUUCAAUAAGCUCUAUACGAGUUAUUGAGAUAAGGUCACCAAUACCACAAGAUUGUUUGGGAUAAUUUUGACAUUAAUGGGUGAUUAUGCUUGGUCAGUAACAGUGCACCUACGUGCCUUAACAGGUGCUGGAAGCCAGUGCUGAUUGGGGAAGUGAAUGAAACGGCUGUGUGAGAUUGUUGGCUCGAUCAUAGACCCCCCUAUACACUUCACAGAGUGUGUAGAAAGCCAGAGUGGUAGGGGAGCGCAAACCUGCAGCCAGAAUAGUUGCCUGGGCAGGCUUGAGUGAAGAAUAAGACAAUAAGCCAGACACCAGGUGUCUGAAUUAGUACACAUUCAAGUGAAAUUAAAUAAACACAUAGAAUACAUAUCCCCAAGGAGUGCAAAUUUUUUUUUUAUAUAAAAGAAAAAUCAAAAGACAUUUGCACAAUGUUUAAAAAGAAUAAGAAACAGGGUGAUGACGCCAUAAUUCCCGGAUGGGAAGAUGAGCCAUAUGCAUUGAUUGCCAGUGAAUGGGCUUGUUCAACUGUUAUAUGUGACUAUAAAUGUGUGAAAAGUGAAAUGCCUACUAACAUUCUUGCUUGUUUGGAAGAGAUUCCAAAAGAUAAGUGGCAGAAAAGAGGUUGGGUAAUACUUACUGCAUAUAGAAAAAGAAAAGCAUUUGUAUGAAAUGUUGUUGUAAAAAUCUGUGAUGAAGGUAACUAGGGUCAGGGGAAAGGUUGGGACUCAUAAGAAUAGCAAGAGUAGGACCCGAUUGGGAUCCUGAAAUUUGGGAUGGCAACAUCUGGAGCUCAGAUGAGGAGUCUGAAUGGGAUAAAUGCAUUGCCUGUGGUCAGAAAGUUGGACGCAUAUUGCUGGUCCUGCUGAUUUCCCAGUAAGAGAGAGUCCCCUUCAAGCCUGACUGACAAUUCUCUCAGUCGAGUGCAGCAAGUCUCUCUCUUACAGUGAUGUAUUAAGCUGUUUUUCUUAAGCUGUUUCUUUGAGUUGUCCUUUAAGCUGAAUUUUAAGCUGAAUGAUUAUUAAUUAGGUAUUUGAUAAUCAAGAAAGUUUGUAUUGAUUAUUUACAAGUACUUGAUGUCAUUGUUUUUCCCUUUCUCAAAUACUCAAUUCACUCAUCCUGAAUAGGGUUUUGGUGCCCACCAAUAUCUUUAAAAACCUUAGGGUAAUUGAUUAUUGCUUUUUGAUAUUGGUGCUUCAUGAAUUUAAUGAUUAGGCACAACAAUUACUCACAUCUGAAUGAUAAUGAUGGAUAUUGAUUCUGAUAAAAAAAGAGUUUCUUUAGCAUGUUUUAUUUAAAUUAGCAUGUCAUUUUUUGUGUUCAAGUGUUUGUUGUUUUCGGUUUUUGUCUGCUUUGAUAUUUUUUAUCAUACAUAGCCUUUGUUAUUGAUGUUGAAUGUUUUUAGAACAUGAAAUAAUAACAAAAAACAAUCAUAUUUCAGAUGGAAUAAAGCUGUAUGCAUCAGAUAAAGUUGAUGCAAAUGGUUUGAUUGCCGCUUUCAGUGGACUCGUAUCCAGUAAUGGAGAUGUCACUCAGCAAUCUGUUCAGGUAUUUCUCCAAAAUGUUACUUCUUUAAUUAUGAAAGAUUCAAAGAGUACAAUACCAAAAACGCAAAAAAAAAAAAAAACAAACCCUGCAAUAAUUGUUUCUUAUUUACUACUGAUUCUUGUGUGUUUAUAUUGCCUACAAGUACUUGACUAUGAGUAACUGUAGGUAUUUUAAAGAAAUAAACAUACACAUACACAUAUAUAAUAGAGAAAUAUAAUAGAUGAUAGAUAGAUAGAUAGAUAGAUAGAUAGAUAGAUACAUGCAUACAUACAUACAUACAUACAUACAUACAUACUCAGAUAAGCUGAGGAAGGAUAUAUUUUGAUAAGAAUCUUACCCCUCCCUUAAGUUUCUAGAAAACACUUUUGGUAAUACUGUUCAUGCUAGGAUCUACAGCUGUUAUAAACAGCAAACACAUUUCAUGGUUUGCAGCACUAAGUAAAUACUGAAACUGUUUCCUGGCAUUUCCUGGCACUUGCAAUUCCCAUAGAAAUCUAAAUUUGCAGUGAUGUUACUACUGCAAAGGAUUCUGGGUCGGCAUAUGCAAAUUAGUUCAACAAAUAAUCACGUAUUUGCCUCAUUAUUCCAUUUUAAACAUGGAUUCCUUGGAGUAUACAACAGCUUUGAAACACAGCUCAGGAAGAGAUGCAAAGCCAGUGAACCACUCAUGGACAGCUGUUUUGUUGUUAAUGCAACUAAUCAGCAUGAGGUUGAUUACUGGUUUGUUAUUAAGGCUUGGAUGUACUAACAUUAUGGUGUGCAAAUUUGUGCUUAACAAUGUAUUGACUAUCCACGGACUUCAGGUGGAAGGGGAUUUCAAUCACAAUUUUUCCCCACCAAAACUUUCUUGGUUUUGAAGAGAAAUGAAACAAAUUUUCUAUUUUCCCUCCUCAUGUGCAAUGUUUGCGUUUAAUUUGCCUUGUCUGAACUGGAUCAAGAUGUAAUCACAAGUUACAGGUGAUUUCAGUGUUGAAUUUAACAUUGUAAUUUACAGGGAAAUGGCAGUUCAAAAAUUGUAGUCCAGGAACUCAAGAAUCAAUUCAGCAGGUUUAUUGGAACAAAGUGCAACGUUUCGAUGCCACAAGGAAUCUGUUUUUUUUUUGUUUAUGUCUGAAGAGAGACUAAGAGAGAAUUUGACUCUUUACCAUGGGAUGGCACUGAAGGAUUCCUAGCGCCAUAAACACUAUAAAGCACUUUAGUGGUUAUGGUGGCUAGGUUACCCAUUUGAAAACCUCCAAAAUAGGAUGUAAAGGUAGAAACAUAGAAACAUAGAAUGUGACGGCAGACAAGAACCAUUCGGCCAAUUUAGUCUGCCCAGUUUUCUAAAUACUUUUAAUAGUCCCUGGCCUUAUCUUAUAGUUAGGAUAGCCUUAUGCCCAUCCCAUGCAUUCUUAAACUCCUUUACUGUGUUAACCUCUACCACUUUAGCUGGAAGGCUGUUCCAUGCAUCCACUGCCCUCUCAGUAAAGUAAUACUUCCUGAUAUUAUUUUAAACCUUUGCCCCUCUAAUUUAAGACUAUGUCCUCUUGUUGUGGUAGUUUUUCUUCUUUUAAAUAUAGCCUCCUCCUUUACUGUGUUGAUUCCCCUGCCUCGUCUUUCCGACAAGCUAUAUGUGUUAAGUUCCUUUAAACUUUCCUUGUAAGUUUUAUCCUGCAAUCAAUGAACCAGAUUAGUAGCCCUUCUCUGAACUCUCUCUAAGUAUCAAUAUACUUCUGGAAAUACUGUCUCCAGUACUGCGUACAAUACUCCAAGUGAGGUCUCACCAGUGUUCUGUACAAUAGCAUGAGCACUUCCUUCUUUCUACUGCUAAUAUCUCUCCCUAUACAACCAAGCAUUCUGCUAGCAUUUCCUGCUGCUCUAUUACAUUGUCUGCCUACCUUUAAGUCAUCAGAAAUAAUCACCCCUAAAGUGUUGAGAGUAGGACUCUAUAAAAUAUUCUGCACUCUGCCCUUGGGUUUUUACAUCCAAGAUGCAUUAUCUUGCACUUAUCCACAUUAAAUGUCAGUUGCCACAAUUCUGACCAUUUUUCUAGUUUACCUUAAUAAUUUGCCAUUUGGCUUAUCUGUCCUGGAACAUCAACCCUGUUACAUAUCUUAGCAUCAUCAGCAAAAAGACAUACCUUACCAUCAAGACCUUCUGCAAUAUCACUAAUAAAAAUAUUAAAGAGAAAGGGGUCCAAGUACUGAUCCCUAAGGUACCCCACUGGUUACAAGCCCAUGCAUCAGAUAUACUCCAUUGACUACAACCCUCUGUUGACUGUCACUCAGCCACCGCCUUACCCAUUCAACAAUAUUGGAAUCCAAACUUAAACAAUGCAGUUUAUAGAUAAGCCUUCUAUAUGUAACAGUGUCAAAAGCCUUACUGAAAUCUAGGUAAGCAAUGACUACUGCACCACCCUGAUCUACUAUUUUAGUUAUCUAAUAAAAAAAAAAAUCAAUAAGAUUAUUUUGUCAUGAUCUCCCUGAAGUAAACCCAUGUUGUCUCAUUGCAAUUUGUAAUCCAUGUGAUUUUAGAUGUUCAACAAUCCUAUCCUUUAACAUGGUUUCCAUUACUUUCCCCAUUACUGAAGUAAGGCUUACUGGCCUAUAGUUGCCGACUCCUCCCUACUACCUUUCUUGUGAAUGGGCACAACAUUUGCUAACUUCCAAUCUUCUGGGACUACUCCUGUUAACAAUGAUUAGUUCAAUAAAUAUGUUAAUGGUUUUGCUAGUACACCUCUAAGCUCUUUUACUAACUUAAGGUGUAUUCAACCAGGUCCCAUUGACUUAUUUUUUAUUACUUUUGACAGUUGAAAUAGAACCUCUUCCUCUGCAAACUCACAUGUAACAAAUUACUAAUUUGUCCUUUUUCCUAACUGAGGCCCCUUUUCUUUAUUGUCAUCUGUAAAUACCAAACAAAAAUGUUCAUUGAGGCAGUCAGCUAGACCUCUAUCCUAUUCUACAUACAUUCCUUCUUUUGUUUUUAAUAUAACUAAUCCUUAUUUUACUUUCCUUUUCUCAUUUUUGUAUAUAAAAAAAUGUUUUGUCCUCUUUUUUUACUGACUGUGCUAUUUUCUCUUCUGUGUGUUAUUUGGAAGCUCUUAUAACAUGCUUAGCCUCUUUCUGCCUAAUCUUAUCGAUAAUUCAGUCUUACUCACUCUGUUUUUUUUAUAAUUACUAAAUGCAAACUUUUUUGUUUUUUACAAUUUUGGCCACAUCUGCGGAGUACCACAGUGGUUUCUUGAAUUUUUUGCUUUUACUGACAAGCCUAAUACAAUUUUAUGUUGCCUUCAGAAGUGCAACUUUAAAAUUAUCCCAUUUCUCCUGGACUCCAUUUAAAUUGCUCCAAUUUGAUAAUGACUCCUUUACACAAAUUCUAAUUUUAGAAAAGUCUGUUUUUCUAAAGUCUAAAACUUUUGUUUUUGUUUGGUGUUACUCAGUCACUGUGCUUAUAUUAAACCAAACUGACUGAUUAUCAUUGGAUCCUAAACUUUCACCUACAGUAAUAUCUGAUACCAAAACUCCAUUUGUUAACUUUAAAUCUAGUAUGGCCUCUUUACGAGUUGGCUCCUCAAUGACUUGUUUUAGAGACAAUCCCAGUAGGGAGUUUAGAAUAUGUGUGCUCCUGGCACAGGUAGCUAUUUUGGUUUUUCAGUUCACAUCAGGAAGAUUAAAGUCACCCAUGGUGAUAACAUCAUUGUUAUUUUAGCUAUUUCCCCAACUAGUAGAUUAUAUAACUCUUCUAUUUGUCCUGGGGGCCUGUAAAUUACACUUACACCAGUUACUGUAUGAUUACCAAAUUCUAACAUAACCCAAAUGGACUCUAUGUUCACCUCACUAACCUUUCUUAGGCUAGAUUUUAUGCUACCCUUUACAUACAGGGCCACCCCUCCCCCUUUCUUGCCUUCCCUGUCUUUUCUACUUUUCUAUAUAAAGAGUAGCCUGGUAUUGCUAUGUCCCAGUCAUUUUUCUUAUUAUACCAUGUAUCAGUAACCGCAACUAAAUCUACAUUAUCAGUUGCCAUUAUUGCCACAAAUUCAUGGAUCUUAUUCCCUAAACUGGAAUUUGUAGACAUGACUCUUAGCUUAUAAUUUUUUCUUAACAAACUUGCUACAGACACCUUCUGUCCUUGUUUUGGGGGGCAAUUGGAUUGAUGUUUUAUCACCCUUUUGCCCCACCCCCCUCUUAGUUUAAAUACAUCCUAGCAAAAUAUCUAAACUGCUCACUGAGAAUAUCUGUUCCCUUUUGAGAAAGAUGCAAACCAUCUUUUUUUGCACAGUUUAUUUCCAUUCCAAACAGAGCUACCAUGAGCAAUGAAGUUAAAUCCUUGCUUCUGACACCAUUCACCGAGGCACAAGUUAAAGUCCCUAAUACGCAUCAGCCUGUUGUUCUGAGUGUUAUGCACAGGCAGAACUUCAGUGAAUGACAGUGUGGAAGCAACCUGCCGUAUAUCAUUGACAAAAACACAAAAAAAAUCCUUUACCUCUGAAACCUCAUUGCAAGCCAAGUCAUUUGUCUCUAGAUGGACAAGUACAUCCAAUUCCCCUUCCUGCCAUGCUCACUUAACAAUAUUACAAAUACGUCUCCUGUCUCUGAGCAGUAGCUCCGGGAAGAAAUCACCAUUGUCCUUCUCCACACCUCUUAUGAUAGAAUCCCCCAACAACAACUGCUUUCUAUUAGGCCUCACCAAAACAAAUACAUAACAACUAUUACACUGAACUAAGUAUGCCAUUUUAAUGAGGUGACUCAUUUAAAUCAAACAAGUCUUUAUUUUUUUAUUUUUUCGUCCUCCUGUAUACCUCAGAUUAACUCCAGUUUAUCUCCAGAAUAUCUCCAAUCACACACUUUGAAGCAGCAACCAAGCUAUAUUAGCCAAGCUAAUGACCAUAACCCUUAUAUAACUCCUAAAAGCCCCACCCACUGGGAAUGUUUAACACCUAUGUAGGCCUAUGCUUAUUUGCAAACAAUAGCUAAUUAACAAUCAAUAGUAAGUAUUUAGCUAAUCAAAUCAAAUCAAAUGCCUUACCAAUUACCAACAGGAAAUCAAACCUUGUACAAUCAGUAACCUUUUCCUACAGAUGAUUCUUACCUGUAACAGUAAAAAAAGAAAACUCUUAGCAAAAUCUUAGACAGUUGAAGAUUCUGUUUAUACUCUCCAGAAUAUCUCCAAUAACACACUUUGAAGCAGCAUCUAGAUGUAGCAACCAAGCUAUAUGAGAUGUCAUAAUUAAAAAGACUCAGAUGACAUUUACCAUCACCAAACCAAAAUAGAAUCUCUUUUGGCAUUCCUGAUCAUUUGUGGGUUCUCUUACAGAUUGAAAGUGUCACCAUACCAGUUAAACCGGGGGAUUGUUUGGAUGGAAUAGUGAUCAUCGACAGCACUGUAGGGAAUGAUACCUUCUUUUUGGUUACAUGGGAUGCUGGAAGCCCUAGCAUUACAUUAACUGAUCCAAAUGGACACGUUUAUGGAAAAAGCACGUUUGUGAGUGACCCAUUUUCCAAAUCGGCCCGUCUCACAAUUCCAGGCACAGCCGAGGUACAGUAUAAUAUACAUGUUUUAUAGCUCCUAAACAUUAAACAGUGCAGUUUAUCUCUAGUAAACAAGCAUACCAAUUAUUAAUUGCCCUUUGAAUAUUCACCUAACUUCUAGGUCAGAUCAUUAAUUUUUUCAAGGCCACUUUAUGACAUUUCAUUAUCUCUUUCCUUUAUGUUAUCACCUUAGCUUCAUCUCUUUUUAAUUAUCUUUUAAUUUGUGUACGUUACUUACCUCACAUUCUGUCUGCAUAUCACUUACCCAUCACAGCUAAACCUAUAGUCAUGUUCCCGUUCUCCUGUACCUCUUUUGAUAAUUAGCCCUCCUUUGUCACUUACCCAAUCUCUCUAUUCCCAUGUAAAUUACCCAAUGUUCUCAGUUACCAUGUCACUUUCUCAAGUGUUGUGUUUUCAAUCUCAGCUUUUUCUCCUCCCUUACUCACUCUUCUCCAUAUCAUUUGCCCUUUUAUCAAUUGCCCACUCUCCUCCAUCAUGUCAAAUGAUCACCCUCAAAAUUCGAUAUUCACCUUUUUACUUUAAACGUUAACUAUUCUGUACCUGAUCUCAAAUUCCCAUGUCACGUUCAUUCUUAUAAUCUCCUCCUCUCUUUCCUAUGUACUAUGGCUACAUCACCAAUGCCUAGUCUGCAAUAUGCAAAGAUAUGCACAGUUUUAAAUGUGAUUUCAGAGUAUGAGACAGUCCUACACUGACAUUACAUGCAUGUAGCACCAUAAGCUAGAUCAGUGGUGGUGGUGAUCUUGACGUUGUGCAAAUUCAUGCGGCUUACAACUACUUUUCUAUAAUAGCCAGCCAGCCAUGCAAAGUAGUGAAAUUGAUAUAUAUCAGGAAGAUUAAAGUCACCCAUGGUGAUAACUUAAUUGUCAUUUUAGCUAUUUCCUCAACUAGUAGAUUAUCUAACUCUUCUAUUUGUCCUGGGGGCCUGUAAAUCACACUUACACCAGUUACUGUGUGAUUACCAAAUUCUAACAUAACCCAAUCGGAUAAUAUAUAUCAAUUUCACUACUUUGCAUGGUAGCAAAAAUUAAGAGAUGCACUCUCAGGACUUUGAAAGUGAAAAAAGGAGAAUUUAUUCAAGAAGGUAUUACAUUGAAAAAAAUAACCGACAUUUCUCAAGGUCAAUGUACCCACAUUUAAAAGUUAUAUAUAAGAAAUAUACAAGUGUACUCACCAGUAGUGAAGAAACCCCUGAUAUAUAUAUAUAUAUAUAUAUAUAUAUAUAUAUAUAUAUAUAUAUAUAUAUAUAUAUAUAUAUAUAUAUAUAUAUAUAUAUAUAUAUAUAUACACUGUACAUUGUUCAAUGUCAAAGAGGUGAGGACCAUAAGCCUUGUUCCAUGCAUGUAUGUCUGCAAUUAAGCUCUAGUUUCUACUUUGUCUAAUGUAUAUUAUUGCUUUUGAUCAGACAUGAUCAUGUUAUCACCCACCAUGCAGUAUAAUGUUUGGAAGCAUUAUAGGUCAAUUACAAUUCAAUGGGCAAGCUUAGCAUAUCUAUGGGAAAAUUCAUUAAUUAAACCAGUCUGUCCAGUUUUUCUAUGCUAUCGUAUUUUGUUGAGUUAUCUCACUUUUAAUUCAAACACAUGGAGACCAGAAUACUUUAGUCAACAAAUCAGAAUAUUCAAGUUAGAUUAAAUGAAACACGGUAGUUUACAUAGUUAUUUAGUAAUACAGCUCAUAGUUUAAGUAUUUUUAAAAAUAUUUUAUUUGUGAUAUGAUAUUUUCAGUAAUAUACAUAUGAAUUGUAAGAAACCAAGCAGGUAUAAAUGUUGUUGAAAUUUUCUAUAUUAAUAGCAAUAUAAUAUUAUAAAUAAUGGUUGUAUUAUUUUUCUACAGAGAGGCUCCUGGACAUAUAGUAUAUGUAACACUAAGACAGUAAAACAAGUGCUGGGAUUAACAGUAAACUCCAGAGCAGCUGAUAGAAAUGAACCCCCUAUUGUCGCAGAGGCAUAUAUGAAAGAGGUGUCAGGCAUACAUGGAAGUCCAGUUGUUUUGUAUGCAAUUGUAACAAAAGGUUUUUCUCCAAUUCUUGGUGCAUCUGUGAUUGCUGAAAUUGGAGCAGAGGAUGGACAGAUUCACAAGUUGGAUCUUUUGGACAAUGGAGCAGGUAGAUUUCAAACAAUUCAAACACUUGGUUAUGCUAUAAAUAAAAGAAAAAGAAAAAAAACACCAAAACAAAAUAUUUUGUAGUGCUCAAUUAUAUAAAGCUCAGUUUCCCUAUAGCAAGGCUUGUUUUAUCAGCAAACAUCCUGCUAGCAUCCAGAUCUGGUAAUCUCUCCAAUAUCUCAUUCACACCAAAAACAUGACAUCAUUGUAUCAAAUUUAUGCAUUCAACUAAACAAAAAAUAAAUGGAAUCACCCUCAAUUAUGUAAAUGUAUGUUUCUCAUUUCAUAUUGCUCCAUCCAUUGUGUGUUUUAAUUCUAUUUUCCAUUAGAAUUGUGCAAAAAUGAGUUUACACAGGUUCAUCUGAAUCAAAGUCCUCUUAAUCUUCUAAACAAAUCAAUCCAUCCAGAAAUUACUCGUGGAGUCAAUGCUUGAGACUCCAUAGGUAAAUCCAAUUUGAAUCUAUAUAUUUAGGUUUGUUUUAAAAGGAAUUUGGUUUGGAAGAACAGGCUCACUAGAACAACUACAGCUUAUUGAAUUUGUUCUGGUGAGUAGAAUCAUUAGCUUCAGGCUUUUUGCUGUAAACACUGUCUUUUCAGUGUUUACAUUACAGCCUAGUGAUAACUUAAUUGGCCACUCCUUAGAUGGCUGUUAGAGAUCCUUCCUGGGUCAUGGCUGCCUAAAAUGCAUCCAAACAUUCAGUGUCUCCUCCCUCUGCAUGCAGACACUGAACUUUCCUCAUAGAGAUUCAUUGAUUCAAUUCAUUUCUAUGAGGAGAUGCUGCUUGGCCAGGCUGUGUUUGAAUUGUGCUUGCUCUGCCCCUGAUCUGCCUCCUUGUCAGUCUCAAUCAAUCCUAUGGAGAAUCAUCGUGAUUGGAUCAGGCCACCACUUCUGAUAAAGUCAGCAGACAGCUUGUUUUUCUGAGGCAAACAGCAUGCAGAGCUACAGCUUCAGGCUUGAAUACAAGUAAGAUUUUGCUAUAUUUAUGGAGGCAUGAGGGACCCAGGGGGGUUAGAUGGUGGUUUUAACACUAUAGGGUCAGAAAGACAUGUUUGUGUUCCUGACCCUAUAGUGUUCCUUUAAGUUUUUCACAAGUCCUGCUGGUAUCCAAAGCAGAUUAAUUUACAGCUCAAACAUAAAUAAACAUUUUUAAAUUGUAUAGGGCUACUUAAAAUCACCUAUCCCAGCAAAUAAAUAUGGGGAGUCUGUUCCACCAUAUGUGUUGGGCCUACUACUACUUCACAGUAACCCAAUAUUGGUGGGUCCUACACUAAAUUCAACAUGGGAGACAAUUUAAAUAGUGAUAGUGCUAAAUAAGCUGAAGUAUAUUUAAUUAAUCUAUUGUAAAAGCAUUGUAAGUAUAUAUAAUACAAAAUUAAUGUGAUAAAAGCAAUUAAAAACAGUGUCAAAAACUAAACAAUUAAAGUGAUAGUGUUUGAAUGAAUAUACUCAUAAUGCAAAUUAUAAAUCUGCUUAAUUAAAAUUUUAAUUAAAGUGACAUUACUAUCCAAAAACUCCUCAAAUAUAUACCUGUGGUCAACUUCAAAGGGGCCUCUGAAGCUGGGGACUGGGCGGGGUGUUUAACCUCAAAGGGAAUCUGGUCUGGAUUCCAAACGUACAUGGUAAAGACAAAAAGGAAUUUGGGCACACCUGGAACAAUAUAUAAUUAUUUUUAAAAUAUUAUUCUAUAAAUGUUUAAUGCAAUAGGUUUAUAUAUAUAUAUAUAUAUAUAUUUAAAAAAAGCCCAUAACAUCAAACAUUUAUAGAAUAAUAUUUCACAGCAUUACUAGUACUUUAAUAUUUUCACACUGAUAAACGUGUACAUCUACAUGAACGAUGUAUACAGAUUUAUUUUUGCUAGCAUUUAUAAAAACUUGCAAUCUGUUUUGAGACUGGCAAAUGCCACACCUGAUAGUGCAACAGUUAUGUGGUCAGUACGUGUAGUAUUGUGAGGAAAGGAAAAAUAAAAAAAUAAAUCCUUAAUCUAUUAAUAAAAUAGAAAUACUAAUCAUCUACAUUGCAAAUUCCCAUUGGGAUAUGGCCCUCAGCUCCUCUUGUAUUUGUUUGUCAAAUCUUAUAUGAUCUAUACACAAAAUUGCUUCAUUAAGCUAAGGCUGUUUUGGAGGCUAUAGUGACCCUUUAAUCUUCAUUAACAACAUUUAUGUUUGAAAUAAAAACUGUCAUCACUAUAUAUAUAUAUAUAUAUAUAUAUUAUAUAGGUUACUUGCUUUAAGUUUAAGGUGCUAUUUAAAAGUAAAGUUGAUACAACAACAUGUAUGUAUAUUAUGCAGAACUAUUCUAUGUGUGUAUAUAUGUAUAUGUUUUUCUAUGUUCUUAUUUCACAAUUUUUACUAACAUUUACUUUUUAUAAUUCUUAGGUGCAGAUAUUCUCAGGAAUGAUGGAAUAUAUUCCAAGUUCUUUAUAGCAUAUGGUAAAAAUGGCAGAUAUAGCUUGAGAGUACAUAUAGAAACAACAAAGAAUGAAAGUAAACUAGGUGCUCAAAAAAAUCGUGCCUUUUACAUGCCUGGUUUUGUUGAAAAUGGUAAGACAUUUCCAUAAAGUAUUCAUCAGUAUAACUCUAAACUACCGUAUAUGUUUUACUAAGAUAAAUCAUGUUUAACAAUAUUUAGGACAAUGCAACACAGCUAAACGAUGUAAUUCAUGUAUGACGUACAAUUAAAUAGGCACUAUAUUGCGAUAAUUGUGGGACAAAAUAUUUCAUGAUAACAAAUAAACAAAUAAAACAAAAGGCAGUAGCAACACAAACAAGGGUCCCAAUAAAAUAUAUAGAAAGGAACCCACAGUCCACUAUAAACAAACUCUUGGUGUCAAAACAUGCAAAUUACAUAUAUGCAGAUCAAUAAUUUAUUUUUGUAAAAGACACAGAAGGAUAUUAUCAUAGACUAAUUAUGUGCAUGUACACAAAUAUUAAAAGGUAAUCCAAAUGAGCAUUCACAGUUAAGAGAACAUGAAAAGUAUAAUCCCCAUCUGAGGAUAUAGUUUGUGGCCUUCUAUGAAUAUACAUAGUAAGAUGUAUUUGUAAAAAAAUAAAUCAAUCAUAUUUUGAAAGAAAAAACUACACCAUAUCCUCUCUUGGGGAUUUUACUGCCAAUGCUGCCAUAUUUGAGCUUAUGAUAGCUAUUUCAGGUGUGAGUACUCAUUUAGUUUGUUUUGACACAAGUGUUUCUUUAUAGUUGAUUUUAGGAACAGUUAUACCUCUUUCUUUAUCUUUGUAAUCACUGUGGAUAAAGUAUGGUUGUGAAAUUAUAUUUCAUGGUCCUUGCUGCACUUUGUAAGGUACACCAGAACACUGUGGACUCUGUGUUAUUGCAUGUGAUUUGAAGAACAAUACAGCCUAUAUAACACAUUCACAUUAGAAACACUCCCACGGACAUACUCAUGUACACACUGAGACCUUCACCUAAACUAUCAGACAAAGUCUUACAGAAAAAGAAGACAUGCAAUGCAAAUGUUAUUAAAAUAAAACAUUAAUUGAGAAUACUGCAUGCUUAUCUCCUGGUAGAAUACUGGGGGGACCUUAACAUGCUCUGGAUCAGUUCUCUGGAUCUCAACUUUCUUGCACUGUUCGGAGAUCUUUAAUAGAUACAGAGAGGGAGUAACAACACAGGGAACAGCAAUGGGCAGGAUACAAAUAUCAGGGCUCCAUCAAAGAGCACUGGCAGAGAGGCUCUAUGGGCAGCAGCUCUCCAUCUCACUGCACUAUUGGCAUAAUUUAAACCAUAUUUAAAUUCUAUCUCUAAACUUUCAAAGAAUGAUAUUUCUUUUCAGUUCUUGUCACAAAAAAAAAGAGUCACAUUUUUAUUUUUGUUACAGGUGAUAUAAAGCUUAAACCACCGAGGCCUAACAUUGAAAGCUACAAUGUAGAACAUUUCAGUAGGAAGGUUUCUGGUGAUACGUUCAUAAUAUCCAAUGUACCUUCAGGCACUCCUUCCGACAGAUUCGAACCCUAUCAAAUUACUGAUCUUGAUGCAGUCAUUCAAGGAACCAAAAUUACAUUAUCUUGGACAGCAACAGGAGAUGACUUGGAUCAAGGAAAUGGUAUGUAUUUGAUUCUUAUAGUGGUCAACAUCGAAAAUUUGUUCAGAACGGUGCAUUGUACAGUAUAAUAUUGGAUGGUUACAUAAGAAAGGAGGAAGAUCCACAGGUACCAUGUGUUGGUUAUGCAUCAAAAAGAAACACUGGCAGAUUGUGAAGAAGCAUAUUAGGCUUUACUUGUGUGGAUAAACAGCAAACAUUUAGAACAUAUUAGUUACUUAAAACAGCAGCCAGCAUGGUGAAAAGUAAAAGGAAGAGAGACAUAGAGCAAGUAAAAAAAAGAACUUCCUUCCUGUGAGUACCAACGAAUACAUAUGCAUAUAUAAACAGUUCUCUGAACUGCACAGUGCCAUCUACAGCUCAAGUGAUAAGUAUAUACAUAUUAUGCAGUACAUGCUGUUGUAUUUCCAAACAACAUGAAAAUAUUACCACAAAAAGGCAUAAACAUAAAAGAAAAGGGUGACAAUUUAAUAAAGUGAGGCAGAAAGUUGAAUAAUGUUUUCAAAUAACAAUGCAUACUUUCAAGACCAGAUAAUGCAGAAUUCUACAUAAAUUAUUGAAUGCAUUGAGAUUAUAAAUGAAUUGAACAAUUAUCUACUAUAAAUAUUUCUGUAAAAUUUCAUUGACAUUCAUUCAUGGCAUAUUUUCAGCUACAGGAUAUGAUUUAAGAAUGAGCCUGUCAUCUCAAGAACUAUUACAUCAUUUUGUAAACACCACUGCUAUUAACAUCUCCAAUAUCACACCCAAGCCAGCAGGAUCCAAAGAAAUAUUUACUUUCACACCAGAGAAUAUUUCUCUAACUAAUGGCACCAUCAUUUAUUUUGCAUUGGUUGCCUUUGAUGAGAUCAAUCAACAGUCGAAGAUCUCUAACCUAGCAAGAGUUGAAUUGUUUGUGCCUCCAUCACCAGAACCAAAGGCAAUAAAACCACUACCAGAUAUUUAUCAACCAUACCAAAUUACUGACUUGGAUGCAGUAAUUCAAGGAACCCAAAUUACAUUGACUUGGACCGCUACAGGUAAUUACUUUGAUCUGGGCAUUUUAAGUUACAUAGGCCUCAAAUGAAUUCUGCAGAAUAAGCUUUUCAAGUGAUAGCAUCUGUCAUUCAAAUUACAUAUCUGCAAAAAUUCCCAUAAACUAGAAUGGUGACUUAUCCAAAAUAAUUAAAUCAGGCCAUUGUUUCUUGGCAUGAAUCAGAAAAUAUAUUUUGCUCUAAACAUUCUUUGAUUUGAUCCAGAAUAAGUUAAACACCUUUAAUUCUAAAAAAAAAACACAAAAGAAAAACCAAUAGUGGAAGUAUUUGAGGUCGACAAAUGCUAGUUACUGUUUCAGUUACUUAACUUGUCUAAAGUACACAAUACAUUAACUGUCCUGUGGGUAUCUCUCAGAUUUCCUUCCUUGUCCUGAUUUGGGCCCUAAAUGAUUCAGCUCAGGUAGCUAAAAUUCUGAAAAAAGAUGCUGGAAAAAACCUGGCAUGAUUCUUUUACACAAACUUGAAAGCUCUAGGCAGCGGACAUCAUAAUAUAUGCACAAUACAGGCUUACAUCGUUUGUAAUAAGCUUGCCUUUUUUUUUUUUAAUAAUCUAACUUUUGUGUUCAGUGUUGGUUGAUGAAGUUUUAAGAGUGUAGACCCACCACAAGUAUUUGACUCCACCCUCUAACCCUGUAGCCACUCUCAAACUGUAAUUUAGUGAUUCACAUUUGUUAAGUGGAAGUGGUUACAAGCAGCUCUCCUAAUGCUCUCUUUGAUUGAUUCAAUAUUAAAGUAUAUUUCAAGUUGGAAUUUUAAAAUUCAGCCGAACACCCAAUCGUGUGUGUGUGUGCGUAAAGCAGUAUGUGUAUGUAGCAUUGUGUGUGUAUGUGGCAUUGUGUGCGUGUGUCUGGUAAUUUGUGUGGCAGGUCAUUUGUGUGGCAGGGGGUGCGUAUACAAAAAAAAAAAUGCAGCAGACAGGUUGCACCUAAUUUAAAAAAAAAAAAAAAAAAAAGUAGACCUUGCCUAUGCCUGGUAUUGAUUAACCUCCAUUGUAUGGAUCACUGGGAGCCACCAGAUCUACCUUUUUUUUUCACCAUCUCCUUCAGUACAUACAGGGUAAAGGAAGUGGGAUUAAUCAUCAAGCCACUCUACUUACCCUGGGGUCUGCUGUGCAUCAAUAGGGCUGAGAAAGGCAGUUAACUACCUCACAGUUAAUUCUGUCUCAAAAUGGACCAUUUAUACAUCAAACAAACAAUUACAACAAGCAAAUAAAAAAAGCAAGGAAAAGGGUGAGAAUUAAAUUGUCAAUUUGUAAAGCAUAAUUAGACUAGAUUAUAAUACAAAACAAGAAAUAGUUUAAUGCAUUAUAAUAAUUAUUAUUAUUUUAUUGAAACUGUUUCUUGCUAUUUUUUCAGUUACCAGAUAUGAUUUAAGAAUGAGCCUCUCUUUUGAAGAACUAUUGAACAACUUUAUGAAAGCCACUGCUCUAAACAUUCCAAGUACUGCACCAAAGCCAGGAGGAUCUAAAGAAAUGUUUACUUUCACACCAGAGAACAUCACUCUAAACAAUGGCACCACCAUUUAUUUUGCAUUGGUCACCUUUGAUGACAUUAAUCAAGGGUUGUUAAACUCUAACAUAGCAAGGGUUACAUUCUUUGUGCCUCCAUCACCAAAAAAAUCAUACUUUAAAUCACGAAUGAAGUCCCUUUUAGACAGUCCCUUUGAUUUCUAA